GUACUACGCGAUUAAAGUCGAGGGUUCUUUGCACACGACUGAUUCCUUUUUUCCUACAACUACGAAAAGUUCUGGUCGACAAGAACGGCAUCUCUUCAGGAAGUACUUAUUUUCUUCCAAUGCUACAAUUGCAAUUCACGUUCUUGAUGCGCAUUGUGAAUCGUACAUUCUCUGUCACUAUCUUGAUAGUUUCCCGCGAAACCCUUCUACUGCAUUGUCGCUUUCAGUUCGCAAAACCAAUCAUAGUUUCUGUAGCGGUCAUUCAAUUCUUUUAAUCAUAUUCACAUUCUCAGUGUACUAUAACGAGUUAUCAAGCCGCAUACACAAAGAAUGGCUACACCUACUGCACCGGCAGAUUCUGCUGGUAACCCUCAGGUCGACGCCGAGAAUCCCAAUGCAAUGGCGUCUGUAUAUAUUCAACCCCAGCAUAAGAAAUUCCACGAUUCUUCAGUCACCCUUGAAGAAUAUCAUUAUUAUGCCGGUCUCGCACGCGCAGAAGAGGAUGCUAGUACUAAUAAUGAUAUUGGCGAUACUACUUUCUUUUCUCUUAUUGUUCCACCCAAGAAUUUGAAGGGUCAAGCUCCGGUCAAUUCUGCUCCUGUGUCUGAGAAGCCAAAUGAUGGAAAUGGUGAGAAUGGAACUGAAAAGAUAGUCACUGAGAGAAAUGUACAUGAUAUGUCUCAUGGUGAUCGCUCAACGAUUACGAAUGAUGAGUGGACAAAUGCCAGCAGGGCUUUAAGAACGGCUACUUGGUCCUCAGUGUUCUAUUUGAUUACCACAGAUAUUUUGGGUCCUUUUGGUGUUCCUUUCGCCUUAGGUACUCUAGGCUGGGGACCUGGCAUCGCACUCUAUACUGUGUUUGGUGGAUUGGCCGUGUAUGGUGGGUUUCUUUUAUACUACAUGUUCCUGGGACUCGAUUCCCAUCAAUAUCCAUUGAGAACGUAUGGAGAUAUAGCUUUCCGAGUUUAUGGAGCACCUGUCCGACAUGCAGUCAACGUUCUUCAAUCUAUCCAACUUCUCUUCAAUGUCGGUGUUAUUGUUGUUGGCAAUGGACAGGCACUUUCCCAAGUCUCAAAAUUCAAACUUUGUUACGCAAUCUGCUGUCUUGUAUUCGCGCUUGCCGGCUUUUUCCUUGGUCAAGUUCGCACUUUACAAAAGUUUGGUUGGUUAGCUAAUGCCGCUAUCUGGAUGAAUGUUUUUAUCAUUUUGUGUACGAUGAUUGUCAUUUCACAUAGUGCGCCAAAUUACUUGGCUGUAAAUGCUGCUGCUGGAACUGCACUUGGUGGUGCACUCGUCACUCCAGAUAGUGCUGGUAACUUUCCACCCGUCACAACAUUUGGCAAUCUUCCUCCUUCGACAGCUGGCUUCACUGGUGCCGUGAAUGGACUCAUGCAAGCCGUUUAUGCAUAUGGAGGAGCUUUGUUAUUCACAGAAUUCAUGUCGGAGAUGCGCAAGCCCCGUGACUUUUGGAAGGGUAUGAUUUGCGCCCAAGCAUUCAUCUAUAUUCUGUACAUGAUUUACGGAUGCUUCAUUUAUGGCUAUCAAGGUCAAUAUGCUGUCAAUCCUUCUUUUCAAGGCGUAUCUCCAUAUGCGUGGCAAACUGUCAACAACGUCAUUGCGUUCAUGUCAGCUCUUAUCGCAGCUGGCCUAUACGGUAAUAUCGGUAUCAAAGUCCUAUACAAUAACAUAUUAAUGGAUUUCUUUGGUGCACCGCCUCUCAACUCACAUAGAGGCAAAUUACUUUGGAUGAGCAUUGUACCUGUUUAUUGGUCAAUAGCUUAUAUUGUUUCUGCCGCUAUACCAAAUUUCUUUGGUCUCUCUUCCCUAGUCGCAGCCCUUUGUAUUCUACAAUUCACCUACACAUUUCCGCCUAUCCUCUACUUAGGUUACUGCAUCCGAGUUGAUGCUAUCCUUGACACGGAAGGUUUCAAUCCCGCCACCGGCCAAGUCACACUCGCAGACACUGGAUUUAAGAGAAUCCUGCGCGGUUUCAGAAAGAGAUUUAUCUUGAACACCUGGAACAUCAUUUACUUCUGUGGUGCAUUGCUGACCGCUGCUUUGGGUGCGUACAGUGCUAUUGAGGCAUUGAUUGCGGCGUUCAAGGAACCUAAAAUUACGGCUUUUACUUGUAGGAGCCCGGUGAAUGCUGGAUAGGGACGAUUCAAGUGAAGGGCAAUUUGACUGCUUCUAGAGGAUUGAAAUUAAAAUGCCGGAUUAUGCUGGGGAUCAUACAACACAUGAAAUGGUUCAAAGAAUACUAUAAAAUCGAAAGUCUGUCUAGCUAACUAGGAGAUGUAUCUUGGGGUAGUUUUGGUUCGCUAUUUAUAGUAUUAUGGUUGAGACGGAUUGCUAAUAUUAUAUGAGAGAAGUGUUACGUAUCGAUAGCCAAGGGUAGAAGAAACUUCAGAGGAAUACCUGUAUACUUCACUGAGUACCUUACCUGCUUUAAUGUACAGCACCAAAGGGAUACAAUGGGGGUGGUUGAUAUCAAUACACGUUUAUCGUGAUGUCUUAGCUACACAAAAAAAAGUAUUUUGACAUACAGGAUCAUCUUUAACAAGUACAAUAAAAUGUCUUUGAAACCCAUAAGGUUAGAUAUGUGAAUAAAAAUCACAAAAAAAUGACUAUAGGGAUAUUAGGUAUACUUACA